AUGAAUGUAGGUGAAAAGUUGCAGCUUGAGAUUAAGCGUCAGAAAACUCCUACUGGAGAGAAGUCUAAUGAAUGUAAUAAAAAUGUGAAAGGUCUCAGUUACAAGAAAGAUCAUCAGAAAUUUCAAACUCUGGCACAAUCCUUUGAGUAUAAUGAGUUCGGGAAAGUUUUACAUGAUAAAACUGUCUGUGUUACAGUGACAAGUUCUCUAACAGGAGAAGAAUCCUAUAAGGACUUUGAAUUUAGGAAAAACUGUGAUAAACCAACUGUAUUUAACCUCGUCAGAAAUGGCACAAGGGAAGAAUGCUUUGAUCUUGAUGAAGUUGGGAAAUCCUGUGACGAUAGGAAUACUUUAUUGGAGUACAAUAAAAUUAACGUGGCUAUGACACACUGUGAACGUCAUGAAAGUGGGAGUAACUUCAUCAGGAAUUCACCCCUCAUUCAAUCUCAGAGAACUAUUACAGGACAGGGUGCUGCUCAAAGCAGUAAAUGUGAAGAAAAUUUGAGCCAGAGCUCAACCCAUCAGAAGACACAAACUGGAGAUAAAUUCUGUGUUUUUAAUGAAUGUACAAAUGCCUUCUAUGAGAAAUUAGACCUUAUGAUACAUCAGAGAACUCACACAGAAGAGAAUUUCUACGAGUGUGGUAAAUAUGGGAAAUCCUUCCAUCAAAACUCAGCCCUGGAUCUAUUUCAGCAAAGUGGCACAGGACAGAAGUCAUUUGAAUGUAAUGAAUGCAGGAAAUUCUUUUACCAGAAAGCACACCUCAUUCAGCAUCAGAGGAUCUGCUCGGGGGACAAAACUUAUGAAUGUGAGGAAUGUGGAAGAUCCUUUUCUCCAAAUUCACACUCCGUUCAUUGUCCUGGAACCCAUAUGGGGGUCAGUCUCUGUGAAUGUAAUGAAUAUGCGAAAACUUUCUGUCAGAAGUCAAACCUCAGUGAACAUGUGACAGUUCAUACAAAGGAGAAACCUUAUGAUCACAAUCGAUGUGGGAAAUCUUACAAGAAGUCUGCCAUCAUAGAACACCAGAGAACACACACACGGAUGAAACCCUUUCAGAGUAAUGAAUAUGGGAAAACAUUCUCCAAGAUGGCACAUUUCAAAGAAUGUCAGAGAAUUUACACAGGGGAGAAACCCUAUGAAUGUAUUGAAUGUGGGAAAACUUUCUCCAAGACGUCCCAUCUCAGAGCACAUCAGAGAAUUCACACAGGCGAAAAACCCUAUGAAUGUAUUGAAUGUGGGAAGACUUUCUCUCACAAGACUCAUCUCAGUGCACAUCAGAGAACUCACACAGGGGAGAAACCUUAUGAGUGUAAUGAAUGUGGGAAAACUUUUGCUGAUAAUUCAACCCUCAGAGCACAUCAGAGAACUCACACAGGGGAGAAACCUUAUGAUUGUAAUGAAUGUGGGAGAUCUUUUGCCCAUAUAUCCGUUCUCAGAGCACAUUUGAGAAUUCACACAGGGGAGAAACCUUAUGAAUGUAAUGACUGUGGGAGAUCUUUUGCCCAUAAUUCAGCCCUCAGAGCGCAUCAGAGAAUUCACACAGGUGAGAAACCCUAUGAAUGUAAUGAAUGUGAGAAAACUUUUGCCCAUAAUUCAGCUCUCAGAGUACAUCACAGAGUUCACACAGGGGAGAAACCAUAUGAAUGUAAUGAAUGUGAGAAAACUUUUGCCCAUAAUUCAGCCCUCAGAGCACAUCAGAAAAUUCACACUGGGGAGAAACUGUAUGAAUGUAAUGAAUGUGGGAAAAUCUUUUCCCAGAAGACACACCUCAGUACACAUCGGAGGAUUCACACAGGGGAAAAACCGUAUGAAUGUACUGCAUGUGGGAAAACCUUUUCCCAGAAAUCAUACCUCAGUGGUCAUGAGAGAAUUCACAAAGGGGAAAAACCUUAUGAAUGUAAUGAAUGUGGGAAAACUUUUGUCUAUAAGGCAGCCCUGAUAGUCCAUCAAAGAAUUCACACAGGAGAGAGACCCUAUGAAUGUAAUGAAUGUGGGAAAACUUUCUCCCAAAGGACACACCUCAGUGCACAUCAAAGAACUCACACAGGGGAGAAACCUUAUGAAUGUAGUGAAUGUGGGAAAACUUUUGCUGAUAAUUCAGCCCUCAGGGCACAUCAGAGAAUUCACACAGGGGAGAAACCCUAUGAAUGUAAUGAAUGUGGG